AGGUUGGGGUUUUACAGCCUUCUGCUUCUCAUACUUAUAAAUACGGCAGCAGCAGCAUGUUCAGUUCACACACAGACACAGUCUGCUAUCAGGUCACUUUUCAAUUGUGGAACUUCUGGAUCAAGUCUGGCAAUCAAGAUGUGUAUAUUGCUCGUCCUAGUCCUGUCUGCUGUACUUGGCUGCACCGGCGCCGUCCCCCACCACGUAAACAUCGAGACCCUCAUGGAUAACGUUGUGGUACUGAGGAUGCCGCAUGCUCAGGGAACCAUGGUGAACGUCCCUCUGACCUGUGGAGAAGCUUAUGAAAAUGAGGCCGUCUUCUGGAAGAAAAACGGUGUCGAGAUGGAGCCACCUCUGCAGGGGAACAAGGUCACCGUCGUCGUGGAAGAAAUGAGAGGUGGAAACUACACCUGUCACCUCAGCCCUGGCGGAGAAUACCUCAACCACACUGAGAUCCUGAUCCAGUUAGACGGAGCCAGCGACCCUGUCAUUCUGCAAAAUCUCUCCAGUGAAGAAGGUUUUGUCCACUGCUCGGCACAAAACUACAAAGGCUCCUUUCACUGCGCCUGGACGAGGACAGAGUCCAGGUCCAACGCCGCCGUUCUCCUGGUCGCGGCCGAACGUUACAUGCAGAACAUCCCCUGUGAGCUGGACGCCGAUGGAUCGGGGGUUCACUGCCAGGACACCCACUGCCCGUUCGACGAGGAGAAACACAGGAUCGCCUUCACCGUCUACAUGCGCAGCGCCGCUCGUCUGGAGGCGUACAAGAAGUCUUUCUAUCUGAGAGAGAUCGUGAGGCCGGCGACCAUCCCUAACCUGAGCAUCCACGAUGGGAACGAGUUCAGGUGGGACUACCCUGCUUCCUGGGAGAAGCCCUGCACCUACUUUGGCCUCCAGUUCGAGGUCAAGGUCGUCCAAAACGCACAAUCCUGCACCAGCGAAGCCGCUAUCGUGAGCAACAUUACCACCGACACGGCGUACAAGACCAACGUGAGGGCGAAGAGAUUCGUGUUCUGUGUGCGAGCUCAGGACAAGAACACCCUCGGGCCAUGGAGCCAGUGGAGUCAGUGUGUAGUGAACAAAAACCAUGUGAGCUGUUAGCUUACGCCGACGGGCUGCAGUCACCACAGUUGGAAGAAAAGAGGAAUGGACAAAACCAUUUUUCUGGAUCCCAUGUUUUAGCUUUCAUAUUUUUUUAACAUGUACAGUAUUUAUUUGACGUCUAGUCUAUAGACUGUAUUUUUUAUACUGCAGUUGAAAUAUUUGCAGAAUGAUUUGCACACAUUUCCUAAUAAAUUGAUG